AUGUCCAAGGCUGAAUGCUCAACAGGCACGCUCGAAGCAGAGGCUUCUUGCCAUGGGUAUCUUGAACACGUUGGAAAUGAGGAUGCACUUGCUUCAUGCAAGUCGGAAAUUGCAGGCAGCUCCGCAGCAUGUGUCCCCGUCCCUGAAAAUUUCAAGGCGGUCCCUGACCCCUCCUAUAUAACCGUUAAAGUGGUGCCACCCUACUGGCAUACAUUUGAGACAGAUGUAAAGCUGCGCUGGCGAGACAAAGAGAUUCUUGCAGUUGUAACCAGGGAAUUUCGGUCGCGGCCAGAAUCGUACUAUCAGCGUGCGAUUGAGAGCGGGAAGUUCAUCCUGGUUAACAAUCAGGCAUGCAAGUGCGACACAGUUCUUCGCAACGGAGAUCACCUCACUCACAGAACCCUGGAAAUUGAGUUCGCUAUCCCCUGGACCACUCCCGUCCACGUUCUAUACGAGGACGAUGGGCUCGUAGCAGCCUUCAAGCCUGCUGGCAUGCCAGUGCAUCCGCAGGGACGUUACACUCAGGGGUCACUUACUGGCGUCCUGAAGCGGUUCCAUCUGCGUCAGCUUAUGUCCGCAUACCUGCAUCCCGUCAAUCGGCUUGAUCGAGUCACUGCAGGGGUUGUCAUCCUGGCCAAAAAUUCGAUCCAGGCGAGAACUCUGACAACAGCCAUCGGUUCCGCUUUGAAGCUUUACAUCGCCCGGGUGGAGGGCAACUUCAGCAAUAUCGUAGAGAAAAUCGCAACCGCUUCCCGUGAGGCUCGGGUCGGCGAAACGCGCAGUGAUUGGAAAUCUGUGGGAGAACGGUUCGCCGAUACUGUGGCGGAAGAGGAUCCGCUGGAAGCAGAAGAAGCCCGACGGUGUGGCGCCGUUCGCCUGUAUACUCAUGGACCUUCCACCGUCCGGUCACAGGACGCAACCGAAACGUCAGCAAAGCGUUACCGGCUCUCUGCGAACUCUCGUGAUGCCAGUAAUCAGGAUGUUGACAGCAACAAUUGUUGGGUUUAUCUAAAGCCCACGCAUAUAGUGCACAACGACGGGAGCGAAAGAGCUCACAGAGACAUAGUCCUGUCCACCUCCAGUGGUGGCAACGAUGGGAUACCAGGUCAGAACAAUUGUCUACAAUCGAACGGGCCCGCGCACAGCAACAAGCAAGAAGGGCCUUUGCCUAUCGUCGAGGAAAGGCGAAGAAGGAAAGAGGAAAAACGCCGCUGGAAGGCAGAAAAGAAGCAACAACGUGUAGCUGUGCAAGAACAGCGCCAACGUGAACAUGACGCAAGGAUAUCGAGACAGAACGCAGGAGACGAGGAUCUCUCGAUAGAGGACGCUACACGUAGGGGUAUCGUUUCCCUGAUGACAGCGUCGACUCCACCCAGAUGCAGACCCCGUGACACUGCAGUGGCGGCGACUGCAUUCUUAGGGGAGAGUGCAGAUGCCCCCUGUUCAUCGUUAGUUGCCACGCUGACUGAGCGCCAAACUCGGAACAGCAUGCACAGCACACGACCCGAAUCAAUGUCUGACCACAAGCACCCCGAGUCGCGGGCGCGUUCUCCUGAACUUCAAGAUGGCGGCGUGUACAUCAAAGUAUCUGCACGACUGCUGGUGUCAAGCUGCCUAGUUGGGAGGCAGUUGGCAGUGGGAUGGAACGAGGAGUAUGGGAAAGAAGCAGAGACGGUUUUCAAGUUACUGCAUUACGACGAGAACAGCGAUACUUCUCUUGUCGCCUGCAUCCCGCUUACCGGCCGGACCCACCAGAUUCGCAAGCACUUGCAAAUCCUCGGGACCUCUAUUGUCGGGGAUGCGCUGUAUCCGACCAAAAGUACAACGAGACGGCCACACACCUCGACGCCGUCAUCAGGUGAAUCCGGAACAUCACCAACCAGCAACACCUCUGAAGCCUCAGGACACCCGCCAGACACGAUUUCCGUGGCGCGUCAUUUCCCGUUUACUUUGUCUCCCACGGCACCUCUUGGCCACAUCACCGAGGAGCUGGUCCGUUACCGUCUCGUCGGCUUGUCUUACUGUGUUUUGCUUGUUUUAGGCAUAUCGGUGUCCUUCAGCGUGGAUGAGCUUCGAGCGGCCAAUCGUGCGACGCUCCAUUGCCGUUGUUCCCGGUGCAAUGCCUUCACUGAACAACCAGAUGCUGCCUCUGACGGACUUGAUGACCCUCAAAAGUGUGACUGCCGCUUCGUUGAAGCGCUUCGGGAGAUGGUGGGACUUUCGGAUGUCGUAGUGUCGCCUGAUAGUGAAAGGGCAGAUGUGGCAUACGUUAUUGAGGAGCCAUGCCGCAUUGAUCUAAUGUCAUUUGCUUACGUCUUCGACACAUCCUGCAGGCAGCCAAACAAGAUCCCUGCAGCUGGAUCACAGGAGCGGGACGUAUCGCAAGAGCUAAAUCCGUGGGAUCCUAAUAUGACAGUUGCAGCGGCAGAGCGUCCAACGUCUGAAUCGGUUACCAGCAUGCACAGUGCAUGUGAGACAGUUGGGGUUGGAAGACAAACUCUUCUUGGAGCUGGAGGCGACCGUCGGAGCACUCAAGGUCAUGCACAGCCAGAGGCGAAGAACUAUACCCGGACGGGCAGAAUUUUGAAGGAUGGUUCUGUGGAUGACGCAAGCUGCAGUCGCGCUCCAUUUGUGAUUGGUUGCUCGUCUGCCGUGAUGCCUGACUGGACUCAUCCGGUGAAGGCCGAGGAACUCCGCUCACUUCUUGACCAUUUGUAUUUGUUGCAUAGACAGCAGAUGCUCUGA